CUCCGUUCUUUCCAUUUCCCUCCCAUGGAUCUCUCCACCCUCUCCCUCAGCCUCCCUGAUCCCCUCGAUGCCUGGUACCAUGCCGCCAACCUCCCGCCCGCCUACACACACCACCCCGCCUCCUCCUACCCCUAUUACCACCACCACCCCUACUACUACCCUCCCACACAACACGCGUGGCCGAUGCACUGGAGGCAUCCAUACCAACCCGCACACGGUCCGUCCUCGAUGAAGCAAACUCAAUACUCCAACGCAGUGGCGGGGCCUUCCACGCUCCUGUCGCUUCCUCAGCCGCCCCUGCGUCCUACGCUUCACAUCCCAGAGCAUCUGUCCGUCCCAGGGCUCGUCCUCUCUUCCCCCUCCGCACCCAACUCCCCUACAUCCACAGACGCGCCACCCACCCCCUCUCCCGAAUUCGUGCACGUCGUAUGCAACGCACCCCUCGUCGCACCAAAGCCAGUCCUCUACCGCCCACCCGCCGUCCUCCAAUUCCAGCUCGAGCUUCCCGACCCCGAUGAGGACCUCUCCCAUCCUCCAUACACCCGCAAGCGGAAACGCUCGCGGGACGAGCCUGAGGACGAGAAGCCCGGCCGCACAAGCACAAAGCGCCGCGCGACCGAGUCCGCCCUACGCGAAAUUAAUCCACGCAACUCGCGCCGCUUUUCCACAAGCGGAUGAGUGCGCUCUUGGCGGUCCCGCCCGUCGCGCUGAGAAGAUGGCGUGAGAGGGCCAUCCCUUUCAUUCGUUGGCCAUUUUCCCCAAUAGGCUCGCACUCCACCUCAUGCAACUCCGAUACCACGUCCAACAUUCGUUACUCAGAGUCCUUGUUCGCCUGCCCAUUUGUACAUUACCCAUCACCCUAUCGCACGAAAUAGCUCGGUUUGCAUAAUACAUUUUUGGCUCUGCGGAGCGUCACCUGUC